AUGUGUCAGUUGCUGCCGAGCCGCCGCCGCGUCAUGUUGCGUCUAUCGCUGCUACUCGUGCUCCUCACGCACCGGACCCCCGCCUACGUCACCGACCCGCCAUCCUUCGCGGACAGACUCGACAAACUUUACGAAAAGCUAGAAAAGUUAACCAUUCCAUCCGAGUCAUCUCUAGCUUUAAGUUCAACUCCUGAAGAUAAGCUUUAUGCGAAGUUAGACCGGUUGAAUUCCCUAGGACCCGAUGACAGGGAGUUGACAGAUGAUGAUGAGGAGCUGUUGUCUGCGAUGCAGCUGUGGGGGAUGCUCAGUGCAGAGCAGUUAGAGGGAGUGGUGAAAGAGUUGCAGCAUAUGAAGGGAGAAGAGAAGAGUGAAAGGCUGACUGACGGAGAGUACGCUGAUGGCGAAUGGAUUGACGAGGAUCUCCAAGAAAUAGGCGAGGGUGACUACCCCAUGGACGCGAAUGAGGAGUGGGCAGACGUAGACCCUGAGGCCUCUACCAGCAGGCCAGCGUUGGUGACACCAUCCGCCUUCACCAAGCAAGAACACCUCUACAGGGAGGUGGUGUCUGCUGUAGACCCCAUCGCUGCCACCAACGAGAGACCUAGGAUUCUUGAUGACUCGGCACUGACACCACUGGAGCGCGCAACGAUCCGGCGAGCUGCGCUGGCGCACAUCGGCUCGGUGGUGCGCUCCAGCAAGUGCCUGACGCCGCAACCGCGCUGGUUGUCUGUUAGACAACUGGCUCCUGCUGCUGACACUGUAUACAUGCCACCCUGCGUGCAGCUCCACCGCUGUACUCCUGACUCCGGCUGCUGCUACAACGAGGGAGAGGUCUGCGCUCCGGUCGACGGGAAAUAUGUCACAAUACCUUUCUAUCUAAACAAAGCAGACGGCAACUUCACAGUGGCCCGUAUGCUGUUCUUCAAUCAUACUCGAUGCGCGUGUGUCUCUCGCGACACUCUCACCACAGUCAGGGCUCGGGAACACCGUCACUCCACACAGGUGGUGCGGAGGGAGAGCCAGCCGGACGCGGUGGAGUGGCGCUCCACUGAAGAGCCAAGGCUAGAAAGAGAUGAAGAGCCCACAGCACCGCCGCAGUUGCGCAGAUGCACAUGUCCAGUUCUCUUUCUCGCCCGGAUAACAGAGUCAGGGGUGUGCACUUGUGUCUGCGAGUGGCCUGAACCUAACCGCCGCCGGGACUGUCAACUGCUAGCCAAGGGUCGGGAGCACUUCGGGCUGAGGGACCGUGUAUGCGUCGCCCAUGGUGACUGCACACCACCGACCUGCGAGUAUGGAGCAUACAUCCGCACCAAUGGCAGGUGCCCCCUUCGAAGAUAUCGCAGAAUCCGGUACCAUCGAGGGCGGGUGGAAAAAACGGAGGUCUGAGCGUUUUAGUUGGGUUUGAAGGUAUUAUUGAAUUGGGCAUCUUCGGUGUAACUGAUGAUGGAGUCAUAUUUUGUUGUCACUGAUAACCUUGUCGUUUUAGGGUAAGGGCUACCUUUGUCGUCUUAAUGCUAAUGCUGUUGUCAAGCCAUUAUGUAUAAAGUGGUCUUUCCUUCACGCGUUUAUUCUUUAAGUAAUAACUAUGAAAUUGUGCCAUAGGAAGGAAGAUUAUUUAAUUAUUAUAUCGAGCUGUUAUUAAAAACCUAAUUUAAAUACAAGAACAACACACACUCAAAUAGAUUAUAUUAUGUUCGGAUACUUCAGUAUAUUGCAGCUGAUGAUAAAUAUUUUGUCUUUGAUAUUAAUUCCUUGCCGUUGGCCCCGGCUGUAUUAGCAGUCGUUAAUAACCAUCAAUCCGCACUGGGCCCGCGUGAUGGUUUAAGGCCCGAUCUCCCUAUCCAUCCAUAGGGAAGGCCUGUGCCUCAGCAGUGGGGACGUUAAUGGUCUGAUGAUAAUUAAUUCCUUGAAAAGUAGACUUUUUUUAUAGAAUUAAAUAAAUAACUGGUAGUUAAUAAUCAUGUACGCGGAACUUAUAGCUAUAUCAGAAGCAUUGGCUUAUAUCAAUUCGGUAGAUGCUAAUUUUGCAAUAUUAUCGGACUCAAAGAGUGCCCUACAACAUUUGCCUCGUUGUGCUUCAAAACUUAGAGGUGUACCAAUAGCUUCAAUUGUAGAUUCUAUCACAACAUUGAUGCUUAAAAAUAAAAUUGUUACACUGCAAUGAUUCCUGCACACAUCGGCAGACAUCUUGCCGAAACAAGCUGCAGUUGAUGGAGAUGAUUAUCAUUGUUCACCACUAUUCUCUGAAUAUCUAUACAGGGUGUUAGUGACAUCGUAACGAAAACAUUGAGGGAUGAUUCAGACCAUGAUUGAAUGAAAAUUCCACUUGAUAUCAACUCAGAAUCUUGGUCUGAAUCAUCCCUCAAAGUUUUCGUUACGAUGUCACUAACACCCUGUAUAUACCUACAAAGGCUUGGUUUACGUGGAGUAUUUUGACGAGAGAUCGCUCACUAAAGGAAUAUGGUAUAAAAUAUGCUACUUUUUAUAUUUAUGUUUAUUAUUAUUUAUUUUUUCUAUGGACGUUAUUAUGGUCUGAAAAUAAAUUAUUUGAAUUAGAAAACCUUGCAGCCCAGCAUUCCUAGUGAUAGUUGGUACGAGGGUCACAGCCCUCACGCUUCGCUGGUCACUUCCCGUUAAAUAGUUUUGCUUAUCUAAUGGGUAAAGUGCAAUCCUCUAGGUGUUCUGAGUGUGACGUGAUUGAAGAUACUUUUCAUAUCCUCAUGGAGUGUGACCGCAACGAGGUCGAAAGAGUUAAGAGUUAGUUAGUUAGUUUUUUCUGCAGAAUAAUUAUUUAAGAAACAAUGUUGGUCUCUGUAGUAGCAUUCUAGCUUUCCCGACAUCUGUGGAAGUUAGAGGUCUAUGCAGAGUCGUUCAGAAGGGCGUAGAACGUAGAUCAUAAGUAGCAUUUUAGUUUUUGCCUCGAUUGAAACUAGAUUUUUUAAGGUGAUUACGUGGUUUUCACAAUAAAGCAAUGAUAUAAGCUAUUUCUCCCUUUAAUUUUGUGGUUGCUUAUAGCUUAAUAUUUAGGAAACAAAGCAUUUACUCUAUGCUGCCCUAUAUUCGCAGACUUAAAUAUUAUCCAAGAUGGACUGUUUAUCAUGGUUUUCUAAAUGUACGACAUCUCUGAAGUGAUAUGCCUUUCCUGAGAAUUAGUGAUGUUCCGAAUAUCCGUAUCCGUAUCCGCGGAUAUCCGAGAUAAAAGAAAAAUCCGUAUCCGUAUCCGUGUCCGUUACUUUUCACGCGGAUCUUUUACGGAUCUUUUUCAGGUGAUUAAGUAGAAUUAGGUAUUAAAUAAAAAACUAUAAAAUUCCACUCAAAUUGUUUUUAUUUCCUAAAAUCAAAUAUUUGGCACCUUUAUAUUGCAAAAAAAUAGAUAGAUAGAUCUUUACAAUGAAAGCAAGAUAAAAUAUCACUUUUAUAACAAUGAAAUAACUAAAACUUUAAUCUUUUUUUUUAAGAAAAUAAAGAUCCGUAUCCGCGGAUCUUUACACUAAAUAUCCGUAUUCAGAUCCGUAUCCGCGGAUAUACAUUUUUAACGAUCCGGCACAUCACUACUGAGAAUGUACACAAAGUGAGAAUAUUUCCGUUGUAAAAACUCUCUAAUAGUAAGCAUACUGGCUGCUUUUUUUUUUUCAAAUUACUCUGCCCUGUACUCUGUUCUUACACAUAACUUUUGGGCCUUUUUACUGUCGCCGGGAACGUUUCGAACGUGUGAAAGUUGAACAUUCAGGGAACUGCGCAUCACUGCCUCUGACUCUGUAUUUGUACCUACGCAGCAUAAUUAUGCAAAGUUCUUCUGCUUAAUUUUAGUAACUAGUUAUUCUCUUCAUGUGUCUUAUUUAAAGUUUCAAUGGUUAUAGUAUUGGAAAGCGCUUUUGUUUUUUGGAAUCAGCGUAGACUAAGAACAGCGGCGAGAUGCACGCUUCUUGAUAACACUAAAAACUUAACUUUAUGACCUACCAUUGCAUUAAAGUUUAAUCUCCACCAAAGAUUAGGCCGGGUUUCCCCUGACGCGGAGAUGGGCGGAGAAGAGCGGAGAUGUGCCGAUUUGACCAAUCACAGCGUUCGAGAGAGCGAAAAACGAAGACGCUCUGUCACUUUCUCCCUCACGGUGAUUGGUCGAUUCCUGCACAUCUCCGCUCCUCUCCGCAUAGCUCCGCGUCAAUGGAAACGCAGCCUUAGACCGCAGCGCAUUGAGCCCCCGCGAUCAACUCUCUCUGUUACCUUUCCACGCUGAAAUCACUGAACCGAUUAAGAUAAAAUUUGGCAUGGAGAUAGUUUGAAACCUAAGAAAGAACAUAGGGUAGCUUUAGUCUUGAUAAUCCCCUAAGGAGAUGAGGAGGGGGGUGGGAAAACGUGGCGCGCGCGAUAACCGAUUACGGAAAUAUAGUGUGUCAUACUUAUUUAUUCGUUUUAAUAAUAGCGAGAUAUUUUUAGGUAUUAUGUCGAAGGAUUAAGUACCUAGGUACCUACACUUUCAACUCAAGAUUGAUAAUAUUUCAAUUAAGUAUUUUGUGAUCAUAAUGUCUUUGCCUAUUUACAUUUGCAUAAUAUUACUUUAUUACCUACUUAAUAAUGUACUUUAAACUAUUAUGGAUGAGAUUCAACUUAAUUUUAAGUAAGUUUGUAAAUAUAUUUGUGAGCAAUUGAUUAAACGUUUUUUUU